AUGGAUUCUGCAGAGUUAUCUUUGUUCUGGAAUUCUCUCAUCGCAUUCCUAUUCCCCCUGUUCUACCUCCUGAUUGCGUCCUGGUUUGACCGUGGCCAUCUCGACGAGCCCGAGACGUCCGACACCCACAAUACAAGCAAGUCCGCGUCGUAUCCCUUUUGCCACAAAGCUAUUGCGGCCACACCUCUGAGGGAUGAACUGAAAAGGCCGUACUCUGGCCGGAAGCUGAGUCAUCGUCUAGAACGCGCGCGACUUUUCCACCUCGGCUUAAACGACAGGUACCUGAGAACCACCUAUUGCGAAUGUCGAAAGAGAAAAUCUGUUGAUCAAGAGGUCAACAUAGAAGAAAUCCCUGUCACGGGGUCUUCGUUGAAUGGAUAUUUCGACUGCGAACCAGACCUCAAUGCUAUUGCGGCUAAAAAUCCGCAGAACCUUUUCAACAGCUCCAUGUCCAUGUCAGCAUUGAAACGUUCAUUCAUGGGGUCUUCAUCAUAUGGAUAUCUCGGCUACGAACCAGACCUCAAUGUUCUUGCGGCGAAAGCGCCGCAGAACCUUUCAAAUAGCCCCAUAUCCAUGUCGGCAUGGAAAAGGUCAUUCACAAAGACAGAUUCUAUCCCGAUGUGGCGUUCCAAAUUGAUGAAACCCCCUUUCUGGGAGGAUCAAAACAUUCUGCUACCAGCGGCGCGCAUGAAUCCAAGCCGCCCUCAAAUGCGAGAGCUGCUUCGUGAGACCGAUGAAAAGCUGCGACCAAUCUAG